UUCCCCUCCCCCACACCAACCCUGUCCUUAUAGCCAUGAGACCACUUCUCCAAUAGCUCUCUCUCUCUCUCUCUCUCUCUCUCUACUCCACACCAUCUUUAUAGCUAUCUCCAAAAUUUUCUCUCCUUGAUCCCAAACUCAAGAAGUGAAAGGAAAAAAAAUGAAAAUGUUGGGCAAAAAGAUGAAUUCUUUCAAGAAACUUGCAAAGAAGGUGAAGGUUAUUGGUAAAGGUGGGUGUGAAGAAUCACAACAAAAAUGUUUCUCCAAGGUUAUUUGUAAAGGUGGGUGUGAAGAAUCACAACAAAAAUGUUUGCUUGGUGAAUUUGAAGAUGCUUCUUCUUUGACCAGAAGAACAACACCAACUGGGUUUUUUGCUGUAUAUGUUGGAGAAGAGAUGGAAAGAUUCGUUGUUCCAACAGGUUUUCUUAGCCAUCCACUCUUCAAGAUGCUAUUAGAGAAGUCACAAAAUGAGUUUGGCUUUGGGCAAACAGAUAAGCUUGUGGUUCCAUGUAGUGUGUCCACUUUUCAAGAAGUUGUAAAUGCCGUUGAGUGUUGUAAUGGGAGGUUUGAUUUUGGAAAUUUGGUUGAGGAGUUUAUAUAGAUUAACAAUAUUGGGUUGAUGGGUUUAAUUGGGUUUACAAAUUCAUAAGCUAGAAUAUGUAAAAUUCAUAUGUACUCAUUUCUAUCUUCCUGUAUGGCUAGGCUAAUUUUUGGUACUUAAUAUCAUUGACAAAAUAUGAGUUUCUUGGCAGAGUAAA